ACUGGUUUUCAAACAUAUGCCGGCGGUGUAUGAACCGUGUUGUGUCUUGGUAUUUUUCCCUUUGAUGAGCUAGACAUCAGCAUUGCACUAUCGACUUCGAGUUCAGUGUUGGAAAGUUAGACCGUGUGCGUAUUUAGUUGAGCACAGUGAUUGUUUGUUUUAGUUUAUAUUACAAUAGUACUCAACAAUUUUUCACAAGAAUAUUGCCCGUUUUUUAAUUACUGAGUAUAGUAGAAGUUUAGUUCAGUUACGAUGACACCACUUAUGUGAAUGCGGGAACCAUGUAAACUGCAGUAGAAGAUCUGCUUCUGAAGCAGAUCAAGAUUACUAUUCGAAAAAGGAUUAAUGUUGCAACAGAUGCAGUUAAAUAUUUCUUAUGACUUCGAACAGGAGUAAUAAUAACAUGGAGGCUGCAGAUAUUAUACACGUCCUUCAGGAACGAGUAGCAACAAUUCCAGGAGGUCGAGAUUUGGAUGGACGGCCAUUAGUUGUGGUGGUGGUACAGCCAUGGACUAAUGAUUAUUUAGACACAGCACUUAAGUAUUAUUCUUCUAUAUAUAGUCCUGAAACUAGGCAAACUGGUUUUUGUGUUCUACUCGAUGCCCAAAGAAGUACGUGGAAAACCACUAAAAGUGUGAUGCAUAAAGUACUUGAUGUAUUAGAUGUCAACAUUGGCGCAAUGAUUGUCGUGCGAUUGGAUGUCUUUUGGGAUAAACAACGUGUAGAUAAUUGCACGAAGACUCGUACUGAAGGAGAACCGAUUUUUGUAUCAUUAUCAAGAAUUCAUAAAUAUGUUUCUCAAGACCAAUUGCCUGUUGAUUUAGGUGGAUCUUGGGUGUACAAUCAUGAACAAUGGAUACAUAAUAGAAUUAGAGUAGAAGAGUUUAUAAGAAGCUCUGAAAAUGCUGUUUCUGACAUGGAAAAAUUACGUCAACACUUGACAAAUAAUCAAAGCUUAUUAAAACAAAAUACAGCUGAUGUUGUAUUGACUGUAUCUAGUGAAAAAUUUAAGUUAGUCUCUGAAUAUGUAAAAAAAGUUUCACAAUCUGGUCAGACAAUUUGUCACCAAAUUAAUAAAACAUAUUCUGACCAAGAGCAACUAUUUCCUCAAGAUAUUUUAGAUACAAAAGAAAUACUAAAUCAUUAUUUAAGGAUUGUUCAUGACAAAAUGAUGGUGAUAGUGGAUUGUUGGAAUGGAGUUCAAAAAAAAUUUGACUCUAUAAAGGAGUUUUAUUAUGUAGAACAAGGAAUUAAACGAGUAAUAAAUUGGAUUCUUGGACCAGGAGAAGAAAUGAUGAACAGCAAACAUCAAGUUGGUUAUGACAUUGUCUCAGCAGAAGAAUACAGAAGAAAUCACGAGGGACUAGAACUUCAGUGUCGAGACACUUAUGGUCAUUAUGCUGAAUUACUACACAAAAUUAAUAAAUUGUCCAAUAGUAAGUCUGAAAACUAUAAAGAUUUGAUAGCACAGCGUGACUUCAUGGAUUUUGUAUGUCGAAGUUUUGCUAAUAGAUUAGAAAGAAGACGUAAUCUACUUAUAACAUCUGCUCGUUUCUUUCGUCUAGUUGCUGAAUAUUUUCAAACUACAAGUGAUGUAUAUGAGACAUUAGUGAUGGGUACUGAUAUUGAAGCUUUGGAGUCUCCUGAAAACACUUUAAUGCAAUUAAAACUUCAACAAGAUAAUAUUGAAUUUAUAGAAAGAAAUUUAAUAAAGGAAGGAGAAAAAUUAUCAGAUAUGUUAUCAAUGCCAGUGAAAAAUGCUAUGGGAGUUGUUUUGAAUAUUGAUUAUGAAGCAGAUAUUGUGAAUGUAUCAGAAAUAUUAGAAAUGACAAAAGCUAGGUGUCAGUUGUUUUGUGAUAGUGUUGAGUUACAACGUUUGACAUUACAACAAGUUUCUCAUGUGUUAAAUUAUGAAGCGGAUGCAUCUCAAGCAAUUCAAUGGUUAGAUGACUUAUAUCAAGUUUUAUUAAAAUUACAUUGUCAUAUUGGAUCUAAUGCAGAUGAAAUACAAAUUCAAAAAAAAGAACAUCAGUCUUUUCAAGAAAUUGCAAAAAAUACUUAUGAUUAUGGCUGUCAACUUUUGAAUGCUGCUUUAUCACUAAGACAAUCUUGUAAAUUAACUGAAUAUAGAAAUGCUAUGCUUGCUAAUAGUCUUUGGCAGUCUUGGAAGCUAUUAGAUGAUGUAAGUCAAGAGCAGCUAACAAGGUUACGAGUUUCAGCUGUGUAUCAUCGAAAUGUAGAUAAAUACUCAAUACAACUAAGGGAACUUAUGGAAACUGUCCAUACAAUUCAAGAUGAAAGCAACAGAAAAAUAAAUAAUCAUAAAGGACGAUUACGAAAGUGUUUAGUACUGAGAGAAAAAAUUUUAUUGGAAGUAGGACGUACUGUACGUCUUGGGCGUAUGUUAAAAACUAGGCUUCGUGAGCCCCCUUCCAUUUUACACAUGAGCGAAGAAGAACAAUACUUAAAUGAUAGUGCAGUAGAAUCAAUAUCCAAAAAACUUGGGAUGGUUACAGAGUUGGCUGAGCAACUGGAUUUUACACUUUCAGGCUUAGCUCAAAGUACUGCAAAUAAUUUUUUGAUUGACUCUACUGGAAAUACCACUCAAGAAUGGUAUAUUAAUUUGAGUAAAAUGGAUGAAAAGAAUUCAAUUUCUUCUAAAUCAGAAGAAAAUAAUAAUAGUAGUCGAUCUGAUGGCGAAGACUUUGUAACUGCAUCUGAAUAUACUGGUUCUCCACCUUCUAGAUCUUCUUCAUAUCAUACUCCCUCCGAAGGAGAAACAACUUCUAAUUCCCCAUGGUGGGAGUUAGAAACAACCAAUAGCACGAUAGAAACCAUUACUAUAAAAAAAGAAUCUCAACAGGCUAGUGAUAUUCUUACUGACGACCAACUAAAUAAUGACAACAUUAAUAAAUCUCUAGAAAAUUCAAUUGGACCAGAAAAAACUAAAGGCAUUUCAGUUCCCAAAGAAUCAAAAGAUAAUGUUGCGAAUACAAUUGUGGUUCAUAAUGUUGAAUAUGCACCUGAAACUAACAAUAAUGACUGUAAAUUCUAUAAGAGAAAUCUGGCCAAACAAGCAUUAGCUGGAGUUUUUUGAUUUAAUUGUUAUAAAUUUUAUAUGUAUAAUAUGCGACCACAAGACUGGUGUAAGACACAAAUAAUUUUUUUAUUUAAAUUUUGUCUCAAAAAAUUGUAUACUAAGAUAUUAUAUUGACAAUUAGUUAUUUGAUUUUGAUGAACAUAUUAUUAGUUAAUUUAUUUACAUUAAUUAUAAUUUAUUAAGUUAUUUCAAUUCCAUUUUUUUUAUUUAUCACCUAAAUGACUAUUACACGAGGACUGUGCAUCUGUUAAAUAAUUUAAAUUACCCAGUUUUUGUUUGUAUAAUUAAAAUAUUAAAUUUUUUUUUAA